UUGAGGUUGGACUGCUCGCCACCGCUAGGACUCAAGCAACGCCUGCAACCUACACAACAAGAGGGCAUUUGAGUGCCCAUUCUUCCCCCAAGAGCUCCAAACAUUAAUCUGAAGCAACAUCUGCAUAUCUACACAGGAGAGAUGGAUAAUCAUUGCCCCUUAUGCCCUCAGAGCUUCUCACAGAAGUGUAAUCUGAACCGACAUCAGCGUACCCACACAGUCAAGAAGCCAUUUCAGUGCCCUUCAUGCUCUCGGACCUUUUUGGCGAAGUCAGCACUGAAGGUUCACCUGCGCGUCCACACAGGCGAUAAGCCGUUUCUGUGCCCUCUUUGCUCUCGAAGCUUCUCACAAAAAGGAAAUCUGAACCACCACCAGCGCACCUGCCACACAGACGAGAGGCCAUUUCAGUGCCCUUCAUGCCCCGCGAGCUUCUCGGACCGGAGCACACUCAAAAAUCACGUGCGGACCCACACAGGCGAGAAGCCAUUUCAGUGCCCUUCAUGUCCUGGGAGCUUCUCGGACAAGUCCACAUUGAGAAAUCACGUGCGGACCCACACAGGUGAAAAGCCAUUCCAGUGCCCUGCAUGCCCUAUGACCUUUUCGGUGAAGUCCUCACUGAAUAAGCACAAGCACACCCACACAGGCGAGAGGCCGUUUCAUUGCCCUGCAUGCCCUUAUAGCUCCUCGCGAAAGAGUCAUGUGAACCAACACCUGCGCAUCCACACAGGCGAGAAGCCAUUUGAGUGCCCUUCAUGCCCUCGGAAGUUUGCUCUGAGAGCAACUUUAAGAAAUCACAUGCGCAUCCAUCUUCUCGCAAAAAGGAAAUCUGAACCACCACCAGCGCACCUGCCAUACAGACGAGAGGCCAUUUCAGUGCCCUUCAUGCCCCGCGAGCUUCUCGGACCGGAGCACACUCAAAAAUCACGUGCGGACCCACACAGGCGAGAAGCCAUUUCAGUGCCCUUCAUGUCCUUGGAGCUUCUCGGACAAGUCCACAUUGAGAAAUCACGUGCGGACCCACACAGGUGA